ACUAUGCUAACAGUAGUGUCCAUUGUAGCUACAUCUGUUCUUGUCACUUUAUUGUUACCGUAGGAACAUCCUAUUUUAUCUGACUAAUGCCUGUGCGUAUCUUUGGAUAAUGACUUCGAUGCUGCUACUGUAGCAGGAGAAAACGCUGUACUUGAGCAGCAAACAGAUGAGCCGCCGGUCAGGUGAUGCAAAGAUCACACUCCUUGCAGUAGCAGCAGUUCGAUAUUAUUGAAGAACGGCCUAUGAAUCUAUAGUUUUGAGCGCUAGUCAUUACUGACAAAUAUGUUUCCGAAACCACUAGGUAUUCGGAUGUUCCGGACUGCCUUGCCCAAGUUGGAUCCAGCCACUCGACUUCGGCGCUAUCGGUUGUUUAUUUUCGCGGUAACAUUUCUAGCUUACUUGUGCUUUCAUAUGACGCGUCGACCUAUUGCUGUCGUUAAACCCGUCCUCAACUACAAUGGUAGCUGCUACCAAGCGGCACCACUUGUCAACCUGACGGUGACAACGCAGAACGCCCGCACUUGGUGUAAUUGGGAACCGUUUGGUACACAUCCACAGUAUCUCGGAUACCUCGACUUUGUGUACCUGUUCUCCUACGCGGUGUGUAUGUUUGUGUCCGGUUUCGUCGCUGAGCGCAUGCAUCUUCGAUAUUUCCUUUCCCUGGGGAUGCUUCUGUCCGGGUUAACCACGUACCUCUUCGGACUAGGCCACACAAUGAACUAUCACACACUCUGGUUUUACUUAGCAGUUCAACUAGUUGCUGGUGGCGUUCAGAGUGCAGGCUGGCCUGCUGUCGUCACAAUAAUGAGCAACUGGUUUGGUAAAGCUAAGAGGGGUCUGAUUUUUGGUAUCUGGAAUGCUCAUACUUCGGUCGGCAAUAUAGUUGGUGCUUUUAUUGCGAGUGCAUUCGUCGAGAUUGAUUGGGCUUACUCAUUUUACGUCCCGGGCCUGAUAUGCUGUGCUUUUGGCUUAUUCGUAUUUCUUUUUGUUCCGACUAGCCCGGAAAAUGUGGGUUUGAACGACGGCGCUAUUUCUGCCGAAGUCGGCCCCACUUCCACUGCCUCAGAUGCCGACAAUAAUGAACCCCUGAAUACUGUGCUAGGUAGCGAAAGUCUAAGUAAUAAACGAAAUAUAAAUAGCGCGGUUGCUGAUACUAGUGAAAACAUGAACCUCAUUAAUAACGCUGACCAAAUUCGAAAAGAUGCUAUCUCAUUCUUCAGGGCCCUCGCGAUUCCAGGCGUAUUGGAGUUUUCCUUAGCACUAUUUUUUGCAAAGCUGGUAUCCUAUACGUACUGGUUUUUGUUGCCGUUAUACGUUAAUUCUUCGACGUCGUUUUCAGCAGAAUUUGCUGCAAAGAUCUCGACUGUUUUUGACGUCGGCGGAAUUGCUGGGGGAAUACUAGCCGGAUGGUUUUCAGAUAGAACGGGAGCAAGUGCCGCAACGUCCGUGGGCUUCUUUGCUACAUCUAUUCCAGCUAUAAUUAUCUACCAAAAGUAUGGGAGCAUGAGCCCGGUAACCAACAUCGUCCUUCUGACACUUAUUGGCUUUCUUAUAAACGGUCCAUAUGCACUAAUCACGACGGCAGUAUCGGCUGAAUUGGGCAAUCAUCCCUCGGUGAGCACUGGAAAUAAUGCGAUGGCAACCGUCACUGCAAUCAUCGACGGGACGGGAUCCGUGGGUGCCGCACUGGGCCCUUUUUUUGCUGCUCUUCUUAAAGAUGUCGGCUACAACUGGAUGGGAGUAUUCCUCAUGAUUAUUCUGUCUGAAUUGUUGGCUCUCAUUCUUCUUUUGAGGACCGCGGUAAAGGAGAUACUCCGUUUACGACGCCGCGAGGACCCUGCUAGUACCCUAUAAACAAUGUGUACCGCCGAAUAAAUAAUGUGUUCCGCUGAAAACAUGCAGAUGUAGAGUUAAAAAAGUUUAGAAGGUUUCGAGCACAGAAACGAAGCAGUGUCGCUUUGCAUCAGGCGAACGCGAUAACCGCGUUAGGUGUCAGUAAACAAAAAAAUGAACCUUUAUGUAGCGCCUUGAGUAUCUCAACUACACCCAUCUAUUUAAGCUAACCACGAGAACAGUCUAACCUUCCCUGGAUUUAGUAAAUGAACCUGCACUCACACAAUUCGUCCUCAUGGUUUACCAUAUAUAUUGAUAACAUUAUGAUUAUUGCUUAAAUGAAGGAGUUGUCUCACGUGGUACGACGUGGCAUGGAAGCGUAGGCCAAAAAUGUAAUCCUAUGCAUCUAAAGAAAUGGUCAUUCCCUUUUAAACUUACAUCACGUGUAAAUGAUGAGUGAGUUGCUUAUGCAAAAUGGACCCGCUUACGGUGUAAUGUAGUAAUAAAUCUACUAAAAGAAUUCAUGUAUGAACAAUGACGUCUGGCAGGGCAAUAAGUAAUGGAAGACCGUGAAGCAUUAACACUUAUUUCAAACUAGUCUGUUGUUUACUGACGAAAACACAAAUAGGAGCAGUAAGUGCUUCUGGCAUCAGCUGAUUUUAUAGAAGCAAUUUUUAACUGUUACCCCUACUCCUGUUUUUCUCGUUCAGGUGCAGAGUUUGUUUUGCUCGAUGAGUGUAAUUUUCGGCGAUUGUUUUAGCGUGAACUUUAACGAUAACAUGAAUUACUACAAUGUAAAUCGCACUUUUUACUGGUAACCGCUAAAAUUAUUGUUGAAUAAGAAUCCAAUCUAGUAAGUGUGCAAAAGAAGUAAAAAGCGAAUCCUAUCGGUUAUUAUUAGACACAAUGUAUAUGUCCCUGUGAUGGCAUAGUGGGUAACGUAUUUACCUGUCAGUCUUAGAGACACAUUGUGGUGUCGGUUCAAACCCGAGCAUAGACUUUCGUUUCGUGAUAGAAGCGAGCCAUAUAAUGGAAUGCCUAAUGGGAGUAUAUAUAUAUAUACAUUGUAGUAAGCGGGUGCUUGUGAACUUCAUGGUUAUAAAAGACUUAUGUAAACAAAUUAACUACACGUUCCACCGACAACCUUGUUAUUGAGUCGCUGCCUAUAGCUGUAACAGGAUUAUUGCGCUCAAAAAUCUUGUACUUAAUGUUAAUUAUUUUGAGGUAAAAUAUAUUCAUACCUUA